AUGCUCAAUUGGCUGGUGAAUUGGAACCAGAGACAACAUGGAGUUGAUGAAUCUGUUAUUCUGAAGUCAUGGAGACUUGACAAAACUGUAAUUGCCUGGCUACAUAGUUGCUUGGAUGUGAUCUGGCUUUUAGUUGAUGAGGGAAAAUGUCGGGUUCCCUUUUAUGAAUUAUUACGUAGUGAUUUUCAAUUCAUAGAAAAUAUACCUGAUGAGGAAGCAUUAUUUACACUUAUCUUGGAGAUCCGCAGGAGACGAGACAUGAUGGCUCUACACAUGCAAAUGUUAGACCAGCAUCUUCAUUGCCCUACAUUUGGGACUCAUCGGAUCCUAAACCAGACCACACCUACUAUUUCAAAUUUAAACGAAGCAAUAGCGCACCUGCGACUAUCACCACUCUCAUAUUUAAGUGUACUUAGAGAACCAUUGCAAGGAGAGGAUAUUACAACCUCUAUUCAGAAGGGAAGUUUGGACUGGGAGAGAGCUGCCUUCAUUUCAAGGGAGUACUGCUGGUGCUGUUUUUUCUUUAGAGAUGAUUUGUGA